CAGAACUCUCUGCUAUGACCUGUCUGUCUUGGGUGGCCCUGCUCGGCAUAGCUCAUAGCUUCAUUAUGCAAGCCCCUUCGUCAUGACAAGGCAGUAAUCCAUGAAGGAGUCUUUUUGUUUAGGCAUGCAUAUAUGUGUGAUUUAGCCACUCAAAAAAAAAAAAGAAUUUUAUGAUUGAUAUUUGAACUUGGAUCUGCUAGUCUUCUACAUGCCAAAUUAAUCAUAAUUAAUGUUAGAGAUUAAACUAGAAUUUUCAUCUUUGUUCUUUCAUGGUAAUAUAAGGGGGGGGGAGUUGCUGCUUUCACAUGUCCUGCAGCCAUUUUUUAAAGAGUAAUGAAACUAACCUGUUAAUAUGAAUCUUACAGAGAAACAGGAUGCCAAAAAGAGCACUCUGGAGAAUAGAGAAUGAGAAGCAGUAUUACAAUGCAAAACAAGCCAUCAAUCAAAUUUUUUUCCACUUCCUCUUUUCCUUCCUCAGCAGAUGACAGAUCAAGGAGAGAAUAACAAGAACAAUAUUUUCAGUUGGAAAAAAUAAAGUAUGUGGAACUCAAGCAAGCAUUACAUGAAAACUCAAGGGGAAGAAUAUCGAAAUAAAGGAAAAGUGGAAAUAACUGGAAAUUUAGUGGGAAGGAAAAGGUCCCUUGGAUAGCCAAAAUGGACAGCAAUUAAUGAAAGCCUUUGAUGAAGGGAAGAGUGGCUUGAAUUAAAGUACCUCCAGGUAAGGGAUCAGAAGUAUUUUUGACCUCCUCAAGUAUCCAAGAAUAUCAGUUUUGGAAAAAACUAUAGACAUCUUAUUGUGGGAAAAACAUAGAUUGCCAAUCACAGCUGAUUAUGCACGAAAGAAUCCACCCAGUGAAAACCCAGAAAAAUAUUUGGAGUGAGGCAAAAGUUUUACUCAAAAGCGCUUCCUCAUAAUUCAUGGAAGGACCCAUACCGGAGAAAAACCCUACCAGUGCUCCCAGUGUGGCAAAUGAUUUAGCAUGCACCACUAAUUUAGCAUGUACCACAAAUAUGGUGAGACACAAAAGAACUCACACUGGGGAGAAACUCUUUGAAUGUCCUGAUUGUGGGAAAAGUUUCACUUGGAAAUCUGACCUGCUGAUACACAAGAGGACACACACAGGAGAGAAACCAUAUGAGUGUCCGGAUUGUGAGAUAUGUUUCACUCAGAAUUCCAAUCUGGUGACACACCAGAGGAUUCACAUGGGAGAAAAAUCAUUUGUGUGUCCUGAUUGUGGGAAAGAUUACUCUCGGAAAUCUGACCUGGUGAAACAUCAGAGGACUCACACAGGAGACAAAUCAUAUAAAUGUCUUGACUGGGGAGAAAGUUUCAGUCAGAAUUUGUGUCUGAUGAAACUUCAGAGGAUUCACACAGGAGAGAAACCAUAUGAGUGUUCGCAGUGUGGGAAAAGUUUCGUUCAAAAUUCCCACCUUGUGAGACAUCACAGGACUCACACAGGAGAGAAACCAUAUAAGUGUCCAGAUUGUGGGAAAGGUUUCGCUCAAAGGUUUGACCAGGUGAUACACCAGAGGACUCACACGGGAGAGAAACCCUAUGAGUGUUCAUAUUGUGGGAAACGUUUCAUUUGCAAUUCCGACCUGGUGAGACAUCAGAGGACUCACAAAGAAGAGAAACCAUAUAAAUGUCAUUGUGGGAAAAGUUUCAGUCAGAAUUCCUACCUGGUGAAACACCAGAGGACUCAGACCAGAGAGAAACCAUAUAAGUGUGCAGAUUGUGGGGAAAAUUUCCGUCGGAAUUCUGAUCUGGUUAUACACAAGAGGAGUCACACAGGAGAGAAACUAUAUGAAUGUUUGUUUUGUGGAAAACGUUUCAUUCGGAAUUCCAACCUGAUGAUUCAUCAGAAGACUCACACGGGAGAGAAAUUGUAUGAGUGUCCAGAGUGUGUGAAACAUUUCAGUUGCAAGGCUGAACUGGUGAAGCACCAGAAGAAUCACAGAGGAGAGAGACUGUAUGAUUGUCCGUAUUGUGGGAAAAGUUUCACUUGGAAUUCCAAGCUGUUGAGACACCAGAGGACUCACACAGGAGAGAAACCAUAUGAGUGUCUGUAUUGUGGGAAAAGUUUCAGUCAGAAUUCCAACCUGAUGAUACACCAGAAAACUCACACGGGAGAAAAACCGUAUCAGUGUCCAGAAUGUGGGAAAACCUUUAGUCAGAAUUCCUACCUAGUGAAACAUCAGAGGUCUCACACCGGAGAAAAACCGUAUAAGUGUCUGGAAUGUGGGAAAAGUUUUAGUUGGAAUUCCCAUUUGGUGAUACACUGGAGGACUCACACAGGAGAGAAACCGUAUGAAUGUCCGGAUUGUGGGAAAGAUUUCAGUAGUAGGUCUAGCCUUAUAAAUCAUGUAAGGAGUCACACAGAAGAGAAACGCUAUGAGUGUCCAGAGUGUGGGAAACGUUUUAGUCAGAAUUCCUACCUGGUGAGACACCAGAGGACUCACACGGGAGAGAAGCCCUAUGAGUGUCCAGAGUGUGGGAAAAGUUUCAGUCAGAGAUACACCCUGGUGACACACCAGAGGACUCACACAGGAGAGAAACUCUAUGAGUGUCCAGAUUGUGGGAAAGGUUUCUCUUGGAAAUCUUACCUGGUUAGACAUCAGAGGACUCACACAGGAGAGAAACCAUAUAAAUGUCAUUGUGGGGAAAGUUUUAGUCAGAAUUCCUACCUGGUGAGACACCAGAGGACUCACACCGGAGAGAAACCCUAUGAGUGUCCAGAUUGUGGGAAAGAUUUCUCUUGGAAAUCUGACCUGAUGAACCAUCAAAGGACUCACACAGGAGAGAAACCAUAUAAAUGUCAUUGUGGAAAACGUUUUAGUCAGAAUUCCCACCUUGUGACACACCAGAGGACUCACACAGGAGAGAAACCCUAUGAGUGUCCAGAGUGUGGGAAAUGUUUUAGUCAGAAUUCCUACCUGGUGAGACACCAGAGGACUCACACAGGAGAGAAACCCUAUGAGUGUCCAGAGUGUGGGAAAAGUUUCAGUCAGAGAUACACCCUGGUGACACACCAGAUGACUCACACAGGAGAAAAACACUAUGAGUGUUCGGAUUGUGGGAAACAUUUCUCUUCAAAAUCUGUCCUGGUGAACCAUCAGAGGACUCACACAGGAGAGAAACCAUAUAAAUGUCAUUGUGGGAAAAGUUUUAGUAAGAAUUCCUACCUGGUGAAACAUCAGAGGACUCACACAGGAGAGAAAGUCUAUGAGUGUCCAGAUUGUGGGAAAGAUUUCUCUUGGAAAUCUGACAUGUUUAGACAUCAGAGGACUCACACAGGAGAGAAGCCAUAUAAUUGUCGUCAUUGUGGAGAAAGUUUCAGUCAGAAUUCCUACCUGGUGAUACACCAGAGGACUCACACAGGAGAGAAACCCUAUGAGUGUCCAGAUUGUGGGAAAGGUUUCUCUUGGAAAUCUUACCUGGUUAGACAUCAGAGGACUCACACAGGAGAGAAACCAUAUAAAUGUCAUUGUGGGGAAAGUUUUAGUCAGAAUUCAUACCUGGUGAGACACCAAAGGACUCACACGGGAGAGAAACCCUAUGAGUGUCCAGAUUGUGGGAAAGAUUUCUCUUGGAAAUCUGAACUGGUUAGACAUCAGAGGACUCACACAGGAGAGAAACCAUAUAAAUGUCAUUGUGGGAAAGGUUUCUCUCGGAAAUCUGACCUGGUUAAGCAUCAAUGGACUCACACGGGAGAAAAACCAUAUGAGUGCCCAGAUUGUGGAAGAGAUUUCAAUAGUAGGUAUAAACUUUUAAAUCAUGUAAAGUUACACAUAGCAGAGUAACCAUUCAAAUACCCAGAUUAUGGACAGUGUUUUGUAGAAAAUUCCUCUCUUAUUACAGAAGAUAUUCUACAUGAGGAAAAAUUUGAUCUUGAAUUUUGUUUCUUAUCUCUUACUGGAAGCCUAGCUGAGAAAUUUCUUGCAUGAUUCUUUUUAGUUGAGCGUAUUUUAUUAAACAUGAGGGAAGAAGUCUGAGCUUCCUUUAUCUGGGCCACUGCAGUUGUUCCUCUUCAGGGAGUCAUGGUUGUGCUGGGCCAGAGAAAGCGAGCUUAGAUCUGUAUUAGGUAUCUUUGCCACCCUUGAGUUAUUUCUACAUAUAAUAAGUGCGGGAUAUGUAUCUUUGUUAAGAAAAUGUAUGUGGCACCCCAACUCAAGGUGACUCCAUACAAUUUAAAGCAACAAAAACCUGAAUACAGAAACCAAUAGAUCCCAUACAUUGCAAAUGGCAAAAUGCAAAGCCCCCACGGUUAACAUUUACUUGCCCUAUAAAUACAGGGUACUUCAACCAAAAUUGAUGGCAUUCUGAUGGUCUUGGAAGUCCCAAAAAGGUGAUUCUUGCUUUUGUUCAAUUUAGAAGUUAACCAGCCCUCCUGGCCUUACUAACUACCCAUUGGGAACCCCAUAUUAAUACAACAUAUCUUAUGUGCGGGCAGAAUUUGAAAACAACGUUUAAUAUGGCAGAGUACUUGAGUAAAAUGGUUUGGCUGAGAUCAGCAUAUGUGGAACUUAUUGGGGUAGAUUUUAGGGGCGAUACUGAAAUAUAAUUAUUUCACUUAUCUGUGUAUUGUUGUAUUUUACUCCAAUUUCAUUUUAAUUUGUUUUUUAGAGGGUUUUAUUAAUGUUUGGAACUCUGUAUUCUGAUAUUGGUCAAUGGGCUAAUUAAUAAACUAAACUAUUAAAACCUCUCAUUUCCAGUCCCAAACGCCUGUCCAGAAUGAUAUCAUGAAACCUGAUGAGAGGUCUAGGAGGGACAAAAUGGUUGUAUCCCGUGUAUCUCAAGCCCUCCAAAAGUCCACGAGAGUUGCAACCAAUGCCGUUUUGGUGAUGUGCCCCAGCCUGAACCCAGACCGAGAUGGGCCUAUGUGCCUUUCUCCUGCACAGCCCUUUCUCUGGGUGGCAAAGUCAGAGCUGCAGGCAGAGGGCGAGUUGACGUUCCAGGCUGCCAACCUCUCAUUCCCCUCUUCAACUGCACUUAGAAAAGAUCUUAAUCUGCAGCAAUGUCUUGAAAUCCUCUGCCAGGAAAGCCUCUCAUGAUUUAGCAAACUGCUGUUAUAAAGCUGGCCAGAAUGCCAACUGUCCAAAAGUGGAGGGAAUUUCUUUUUCAGGCCUCUCCCGAGCUUGGAAAAGAAAUACAAGUAAUUUUCGGGUUGUGACAGGAAUUGGCGCCAUGUUUUUCAUUAGUAUCACAUGAGCACAGGAUUGUGAGGGAAUCCUGGCAGUUCCAGUUGCCACUGCAACUCUAGGACCCCGUGGGUCUUUAAGUGAGGACCUCAUGUGAUUGUGAUGUGGAAAGAAAUAGGAGUCCCAGGCAUGCAGGCUAGCAGGUGAGAGCUACAGACAGGUGGAUGGUUUCCAGGCCUCCUCCUUUCAGGGUCUGGGACAGGAACUGGCCUAAAGACCCCAGCAGAGUUUCUGCCUGAGAUUCCCACUCAUUUCCUAGGCUGAGGCCUUAACCCCUACACCAAAAUGUCUCUCACAUAAGAUCUUCUAUCUAAGUUUUCUAUUUUCUAUACAGUUUAUGUCUACUCUAUACAGAGCUUUCAAAAAGCCUAUAACACUAUCUUUCCAUCUUUCUCUGUUCAAACGGCCUAUAUAUCACUAUAUAUCCUUUCUCUAUUCCUAAACUCUAUAUUUCAUUAAUCCUAAUCUCCAUAUGUACCUAGUGCUACUCUCUCUCUCUCUGUCCCCCCAUCAUCUAUUUAGCUAAGUAGCUGUCUCUAAUAAUUUCCUAUAAAGUUCAGUGUGUCUUUUAUCUUUCUUCUCUUAUCUGCUCCAGCAAGACCAUCCAGAGAAUCUCCUUGUUGUUUUGCACAGAUAUGAGCAAUCUGGAAGGGAAAUGUUGGCCUGGGUUUCUCUGAGGAAUCAGGCCAGGAUCCAUUUUUAAGAAGGGUUUUCUUCUAGUUAGCCGAUGAGACACAAUUUCAAAACAGGAAUGUGUAUAAGAAUCCCUUGAUAGAAAGAAAGAGGGAAGGCAUACACUGUAUGAUCUAAUUUUUUUCAAUUUCUUGUUUAUUGCUGAUUUAAUAUUGUUUUGGUGUGUUUUGAAUAUAUUAAACUUCUAAUUUAAAAAAAGAGUAUCAGGCAGAAACGCCUUUGUGUGCCAGUGUAUACUACCGUUCUUUUUAAAAUGCUUUCAAAGAUUCUUUAAAAAGUAUAUUAGUUUUUUGAGGGGAAGAGGCCUAUUGUUUUGACAGAACUGUAAGAAGACAUACUACCCUGUGAAGAAAAUACAUUGUACAUAUUUCUAAUUUCAUGAGCCAAGCCCUAGCUCAGGGGUAGGCAACCUUGGCUCUUUUAUGACUUGUGGACUUCAACUCCCAGAAUUCCUGAGCCAGCCAUGCUGAGGGGAAAGGGAGAGGUUUCCAAGCGGAGCCAUGCUGGCUCAGGAAUUCUGGGAGUUGAAGUCCACGAGUCAUAAAAGAGCCAAGGUUGCCUACCCCUGUGACCUAGGCCCUGCUGUGUAUGUGUUUCACUCACUUUGACUUAAUGGAGAUUUUCUAAAGAAAUUACAGAAGCACCUGGCAUUUGGCAGACUUAAAACCAGCCCUGGCCAGCUGGAGUGAGGCUUGUUCCCUUAGAUCCCCUGAAAUGCUGGUGCUUCCAUGUCCUAAAUCCUUGAGAGCCACAGGAAAUCAGUCAUAAAGUUUUGGGAUGUAGUGAUGGGAGCAGGACACCCACUCUUCACUCCAAAGAGAAAAUACCUUGGCAAAUACAGGAAGAACCCAAUACAAACUAGGAUGAAGAACUGGCUGGAAGACUCGCCACUGAUCCCCAAGGCAGGUGUGCUUUCUUCUUGCCUGAUGGUGCAUUCUGUUCCCCCCACGGAUGCUUUCCCUCGGUUUAGUUCCUGCAAGUGAAGCUCCUAACUCAGUUGCAGUGACGAUGAGGGCGUCCCUGCGAGACCCCAAAGGGCAGACGAGGGCUAGAUCGUCCUGGAGAAAAGUGAUGGACGCGGUAGCUAAGAAUGGAAAUCGGCUCUUCAUUAAAACAUCUUAGAAACGCCGGAGAAAGAACGAGCGUAUUUUCAGGCUCACGUCAAUAGGGGGAGCUCUAACACAACAACAGCGCCUGGAAAUCGUCAACAUAAUCAGCAUCGCUGCUGGCUGAGUUGCGACAGCCAACCGGAAGGAGAGCAGCUAAGGUGAAACGGAGUGAAAACCAUCGAGUAUUUCUAGAAAGGACGUCGAGGAGAUGACAAGGGCUGAGGAACUUUCUCUUCUGAGUCAUCCACGGGAGGAUGGAGACAUGUAGAGCGGCUGUCCUGCUCUUCCCAGGGACGAAGCAGCAGCUGGAAGAUAAAGAGGAUGCCAAGAAGAGCACUCUGCACAACAGAGAAUGAGAAGCAGCUUUAAAAUGUAAGACAAACCAUCACCCAAAACCUUUUCUACUUCCUGCACAAAGUUUGAAAACUCUUCUCCUUUCUCAUCAGAGAAAAGGGAGCAAAUAACAAGAACAAAGUUUUGAGAUGGAAAAAUAGAGCAUGUGCAACUCAACAAAACAUUACACGAGACGUCAAGGAAGAUAAUAUCCAAAUAAA